AUAUCGACCUCCACUGAUUCGUAGUGGAUCCAGAGGUGCACCAUCUUAUGUCAUUACACAGGAUCAGCUGUCAUUUUUGUUGUCUUGUGGCUUCACUGUAAAACAGAUUGCACAAAUUCUACACACCUCCAUAUCCACAGUCAAGCGACGUUUAAGGUGCUUCAAUCUGUUGCAGUCUUCCUCAUACUCAGAUAUAUCUGAUGCAGAUUUAGAUGAAAAAAUUAGGGAUAUAGUGGCUGGAAAUGACCAACUUGGACCAGAGGCAGUUCGAGCACAACUGAGGACAGAGGGAAUUCGGGUUCAGAGGUGCAGAGUGCGGAGCAGUAUGCAUCGUGUCAACCCAAGGGCUGCAGCUCUCAGAGCAAUGUCUCAGAGACUACGUAGAAGGUCCUACCGUGUCGCAGGACCUAAUUCUUUAUGGCAUCUUGAUGGAAAUCACAAACUAAUAAGAUGGAGGAUAGUAAUUCAUGGUGCCAUUGAUGGCUACAGUCGGCUUGUCACCUUUCUCCAAGCAUCUAACAACAAUCGCAGCAGCACUGUCAUGAACUGCUUCUUGGAUGCCAUUUCCAAAUAUGGAGUCCCUUCCAGAGUAAGGACUGACCAUGGGGGAGAGAACAAUGCAGUGUGCUUGUUCAUGAACCUGUUCAGAGGCACUGAACGAGGGAGUGCUCUUAGAGGAAGAAGUACACACAAUCAGAGGAUUGAAAGACUUUGGGUCGAUCUGUGGCGUGGGGUGUCAAAUGUGUACUAUGACCUUUUCCACUUUCUUGAGAGUGAGGGCAUUGUGGAUGUAGAUAAUGAAAUGCACAUGUGGGCUCUGCAAUAUGUCUACAUCCCAAGAAUUAACAAAGACUUGACAAAUUUUAAACACCAGUGGAACAAUCAUGGUUUACGAACCGAGAGACACCAGUCACCUCUACAAAUCUUUGUCCGGGAUUGCCUGGCACAACAGAGUCUGCCAAGUACUGCAAUGCAGGAGAUAUUUGCAAGACCCUCAGACUCCACUGGAGGAGAGACUAAUUCAGCAGAGCUUGUUGGUGGUGACAGUCAUUCUGUAUCUGGAGCGGUAUCUCAUGUGCAUUGGCUUGAACGAGUUACCGUACCUCCAAACCAGUUCACUGUGACUGAUGAUGAGAUGAAACAACUCACAGAACAAAUUGAUCCACUUGAAGGUCCCCGGGAAAAUCUUGGAGUAAAUGUACUUAAAAAUGUCCUUUCUUUUGUGGAAAACCUAAGAAUGUAAAUUGACAUUUAACAGUGUCACUGUUACUUGUUUGAAGUGUUUUACAUGGCAUGUGUCAUAUUCUGAUCGGUAUCUCCCCUCUACUUUCCUGACUCAUUUAUAGUUUAUGUAAGGGCUAGUCAUAUCCCUGAGAUAAAAAAAAAAAAAAAAAACACUAAAUCACAUUAAUAAACAACUUUUUAUUGUAAUUGUGAUGUAAAUUUCAUUAAUUUGUAGUAUAAUCUGAAUACUUUCAGAUGUGGAUUCUUAUCAGAUAUCCCAAGACAGAGCAGAACUGGAGAAAGGGACAAAACUUAGCAACCCCUACAAACAUCAAAAAGCUGUAGUAGAACUGUAUGAUGAAAUGUCCAUUGUAUAACUUUAGAUAAUCGAAGUGCACACAUCCAACAGGCUGAAGGGCUUAAUGUGAGUGCUCAACCACGUAAAUACCUAAAACUAAGAAGAAAUUUGGCACACCACAGCUCCAAAAGUAUUAUGUUCUCAUCAAAGGUGACAUUCCGAGCCUACAAGCUCUUCAUUAGACAAUGAACACAUACAUAGUUCAGGUUUUAUAUAUAGCACAAACCUGAAUGACAUGAUCACCCACAUGAUCCAAAAAAGGGCAAUCAGGAAAUCACCUCACAUAAAGGCAAUAAACAAACCUAAAAGUGAAUACAACCACUAACUACAAAUU